AUGGGUAGGCAGAAUGGUGAUUCAACUAUGGUCAGCUCCUCCAUCGCCCUCUUGCAAGAAAGAUUUAGACAGCUCGAAAGAGUGAGAGAAAAGAGAGAAGAGAAAGAGCUGUUAAAACUGUUUGCUGAGUCUGAUCCUACAGCUCCAGCAAUGCGUUAUGAAUGCAACAAAUCUCUCCAGCCACAGAUUAUGAUCCCAUCUCAUAGACCCCCUCUUCAGGAUUCACUCUCUCUAGGACUUAACUUUCCCGGAAAGCAUUCUGAUUAUCCAGCCGCAACAAACCCAUCAUCCUCAAACUUAUGGCCUAUAAGUGCAACCAGUCCAAGCACCUCAAGAAGUUUUGAUAAUUCUGAUGUUGAUACUUCCCUUCAUCUGUAG